AUGUCUCGACGUCACUCUCGUCUAUACGCAGCGUUGCUCGCUUUUGGUCGUCUUGCCGCCACCGUCUCUACGACGGGAAGCGCAGAUCAGCAUGAGCCGACAGUGCUAAUCGAGUAUCUGCCAAUGGAUCUCGUCUGCUGCGACACAACAUGGUCCAAAACGAUCAUUACUAGGACGGCCUUUCAGCUCAAGGGCAUCUAUCCCGACUCCUGGCCAAAUACGCAGCAGGUUUGGGACGCUACCCCUGGUGGUCAAUCGCAAUAUUUGGUCUGGGCUGACUGGGAGCCCACCAAAAAAGCGCCGCCAUGUGCUGCGGAUGAGCAGGAGUACGACGGCCACUGCUUCGUAAUUAUCCCCGCGGUAGACGCAGCUAUUUUCGCAUGGACCAAGCAAGGUCGGGUUACGACAGCGAUUGUAUAUGGCACGCCCGAAUGGGCACGCGGAAAAGGUGGCUGUACGGCUGGAAUCUAUUGCGUGCCCGAUGAUGCGGCCGACUUUGGACGAUUCGCCGGCAUGCUGGCCCGUCGCUAUAACGGGCUGAAUGGCAACGGCCGAAUCGCCGACUUCGUCCUCAACAGAGAAGUCGGCAACGUGAAUUACUUCAACAUCGGCUGUGGCUCGGGUGUUCCUUGCGAUAAAGCCAGCUGGAUCGAUAAAAUUGCAGAAAACUAUAUUGCUGGUUACGAUGCUGUUUUCGCCGAACAGUCGACAGCAUGGGUUAUGACAUCGAUUGACAACAGAUUCGGCUUGGAACUCGAUGAUGCGCCCGGCGGCCAGCUUUCGGGCAUGACGGUGCUUCGGGGCCUCGCAGACAAGGUCGGAGGCCGGCUAUGGCGCGUCUCCAUCAACGCCUACAAUAAACCCGGAGAGGCUGAAAGUUCCUACUUUGAUUUUCCCUACGUAACGUUGGGAAAUAUCGGCGUCCUUGUCGGUUGGUUAUACCAACAAUUUCCCAACGUACCGCAACUACGGACGGUGCAGUUGGUGGAGCAGGGGAUACCUGGUCGGGCGCCAACGUUUGGCGUGCAGGAGAGGCAACUAUGCGUCGCCUACCAUAACGUGCUCGGCACACCGGGUAUUGAAAACUAUAUUUACUACCAAAUACAGGAUCAGAGUCAAGACCUCCAAGAAAUCGGUCUACAUCAAUCGGACGGAACUCCUAAGCCCGCAUGGACCAAAGUUUUCACAAGCAAACUGGGAUGUGGAUUCUCGGAGCUUCCAUUUCUACAAUUGAGGCUUGCAUAUAACGGCAACACUUACAUUACUUCGACCCGAAUUCCGUCCAAUGGUUACCUUGGCAAAGCCGUUUGGUUCAUCCCACGUGCCCAGGAGCCAGGAACCGUUAUGCUGUUCGAGUGUCGCCUCGGAGAGACUUCAUUCCUUACCACCGAUUCCAAAUGCGACAACCAGCUUCCGUAUGGGCCUGCAGGAUGGAUCUAUACGAGCCAGGUGCCGGGGUCGAUUCCUCUGUACUCUUGUUACAACGAGGCGAAGCUUAAUUAUUUUCUAUGGGCAGCAGAGGACUGUAAUGGCGCUCCCAACACGAACCUGGGUGUGAUCGGAUACGCUUAUCUCACCAGGAAGGGUGGCUUGCGCAAAUGA